AUGGUGGAAGACACGUUCGAAAAGCGCUUGGUGAGGAAGCCCGCAAAGGAUCGUUUGGGUAGUAAUCGAGAAGAUGGAAUGAAUAUAAGGAGACAAAAUAUGUCUACCGACCUUCGCAUUAAAAUUCUAAACAAUCUCAGGGGAGCUCCCAGGCGGAUUGAUGCGCGCAGACUACUGAUGCAAAAAAGGCAGUUUAGCAGACGUCUAAAAAAUUACAUUCAAGUUUCUAGGCCUGGUUUAACUCGGGAAGUAAAUGUGCCUUUUCUGAUUCCCAGACGAACUAUCCCUUUAACGCGUCAAUGGAGUUCCUCGGCGAUUUCUACAUCUAGGCCAUUGACGCGUACUGUAGAAAAUAAACCCACGGGAGCAGGCAUGUUAGCACAGGGCAGCACCGUUGAUUCUACCAUUAGCCCUAUUCAAGGCUUUCGAGUUGAGGCGAAAAAUCUCCUGCCUUCCGUCACCAUUGAUGACGUCUACGAGCUAUUUUCCGGUGUCGGUUCCCUGCGUUCCUGCAAUUUGGUGCACCCGGGUCAGGCGGAAGUCAUCUUCAACUCCCCACAAGAUGCCCAAUCAGCGGUGACGCGUUACAACGGGCGUGAACUCGAUGGUCGACCCAUGAUUGUCACUCUGACGACACCGCUGGCAUCCUCCUCUACCACCACUUUAAAGGGGUCCGCUUUAAAAUCCUCUGGAGGCUUCGCUGCAGCUGUUCAGAACUCAAGAGCGCCAUCACUUAAUGGGAGAGGAAAUUUGAACAGGGACGUUGUUAAUCGAGCGUGGAAUCGCAAUGUCUCAAAUUUCAGCCGUCCCGUAGUUUUCCAUGUUAAUCUUUGA